AUGGCUGGUGGGGGGGUAAUUGCUCCGCCUCCCGGAGGUAAAGGGUAUCCCGGAGAACUGACGAAAAAAGUGUUAGUGACGUGCAUUGUGGCAGCCAUGGGAGGUCUAAUCUUCGGCUACGAUAUCGGAAUCUCAGGUGGUGUGACCUCUAUGUCUCCUUUCUUGAAGAAGUUCUUCCCUAAAGUGUAUAAGAAGCAGGAGGAUGUCGUUGGAUCUUCGGAUUCUUAUUGUAAAUUCAACAGCCCAAUUUUAACAAUGUUCACAUCGUCGCUGUAUUUGGCUGCUCUUGUAGCAUCUUUCUUAGCUUCGACUGUGACCAGAAAGUUUGGAAGAAGGAUAUCUAUGCUCGCUGGAGGACUUCUUUUUUGUGCUGGUGCAAUCGUGAAUGCCUCUGCUAAAAACGUUUUCAUGCUUAUUCUUGGUCGAAUUUUUCUUGGUGUCGGUAUUGGGUUCGCAAAUCAGUCAGUGCCACUCUACCUCUCUGAGAUGGCUCCAUACAAGUACCGUGGUGCUCUGAACAUAGUCUUUCAACUGUCCAUUACAAUUGGUAUCCUAGCCGCCAACUUGUUGAACUACUUCUUUGCCCAGAUCAAGGGAGGUUGGGGGUGGCGAUUGAGCUUGGGUGGUGCUGUUGUCCCUGCUUUGAUCUUCAUCAUCGGUUCACUGUCCCUUCCUGACACGCCCAACUCUUUGAUCGAGCGUGGUGAAAGAGAGGAAGCUAGGGAAAGACUUCAAAGUAUUCGUGGCAAUGUCAAUGUUGAUGAGGAGUUCAAUGACCUAGUUAAGGCCAGUGAACAAUCUACAGCGAUAAAACACCCAUGGAUAAAUCUACUGGAGAGAAAGCAUAGACCACAGUUGACAUUUGCCAUCUGCAUUCCUUUCUUUCAGCAACUCACUGGCAUGAAUGUGAUUAUGUUUUACGCGCCUGUCCUCUUCAAAACCAUUGGUUUUGGAUCUAAUGCUUCACUCAUGUCUGCUGUGAUCACUGGCCUUGUGAAUUGCCUUUCAACCUUAGUUUCAAUUGCCACCGUUGACAAGUACGGAAGAAGAAAUCUCUUCCUUUCGGGUGGACUUCAAAUGUUGUUCUGUCAGGUGGUAAUUACAAUAGCAGUCGCGCUGAAAUUUGGAACAAAUGGAAACCCUGGAGUACUCCAAUUGUGGUAUGCCGUUGUAGUUGUACUCUUUAUCUGCCUAUACGUCGCAGGUUUUGCAUAUUCUUGGGGUCCUCUAGGUUGGUUGGUGCCCAGUGAGAUUUUCCCUCUUGAAAUCCGGUCUGCUGCUCAGAGUAUCAACGUUUCAGUCAACAUGAUCUUCACUUUCUUCGUCGCCGAGGUCUUCUUACAAAUGCUGUGCAGCUUCAAGUUCGGGUUGUUUAUAUUCUUUGCUUGUUUUGUGUUAAUGAUGACCAUAUUCAUACACAAACUCUUGCCUGAGACCAAGGGCAUACCAAUUGAAAACAUGGCUGAAAUAUGGAGCAAGCAUCCGUUCUGGAAAAGGUUUGUUCCUGCACCAUCCGAAAAGGAAGAAGGAUUUGAAAUGAAGAAGCAGAAUUCGGGUCGUAACGUAUGA